UAUUUUAUUAUAUAUAAGUACACUGUAGCUGUCUUCAGAUACACCAGAAGAGGGCAUCGGAUCUCUUUACAGAUGGUUGUGAGCCACCAUGUGGUUGCUGGGAAUUGAACUCAUGACCUCUGGAAGAACAGUCGGGUGUUCUUAACCACUGAGCCAUCUCUCCAGCCCUCACACUCUACUCUUGGGCUGGUGGUCCACCCCCGCUUGAGAAAUACGGUUAAUGAUAAUUAUCAACCUCACCCGAGAGUAGCUGUCGGAAUGCUUGACAUGUACAAGCACAUUCAGAUGACUUUCCAUAGCAUUUGGGGUUUUUUAAAUUAAUUUUUUCAAAUUAGCAUACAAAGUCACAGGGAAUGCCAUUUCAGCGUUUCCAACCAUAGGCUGUCACCUGUCACUUUAUUCCUUGGUUUCCUUCAACAUUCUCUCUCCUUUAGCAUUUUGUUAAAAUAAAUAAAAAUACUUAUAUUUUUUUAAAAAAUACAAUAAAGAAAAGUUUAAACUAUCAUAUUUGGACCCCAGUUUAAUUCUCUUUUUUUUAAAAAAAAAUUAUUUAUUUUAUGUUUAUGAGUACACUGUAGCUGUCUUCACACACACCAGAAGAGGGCGUCCAUUCCAGAUGGUUGUGAGCCACCAUGUGGUUGCUGGGAAUUCAACUCAGGACCUCUGGAAGAGCAGUCAGUGCUCUUAAUCACUAAGCCAUCUCUCUCCAGUUUAAUUCCUAUGCAAUAAGUUAGGAAAGCUAAAUAAAAUUUUGUUUUAUUUUGGGUUGGGGCCGUGGUUCUUUUGGAUGUUGUUUUGUUUUGUUCCCCAUCCAGGGUCUCACUAUGAAGUCCGGACUGGCCUUGAACUCAAAAUCUUUAUGCCUGAGUGCUAAGAUAACAUGCCUGCCCACUGUGACUGGCUAAACUACAAUUUUCAAAAUGUUGGGACCACAUUCCCUACCCCAAAAUAACCGAACGCCCCGCCCCCACAGGCAAAGCAUUCUCUUGCAUAGGAAACCCUUGCAGUGACCCUGUGGGUGUCAUUUUCCUCUCUUCCUGGAGACUUGGAGAUUUCUGCCGUAGUAACAUUGGAAGGGAAUGGCUUCUCACAUUUGCAUGAUUAAUUAGCAAGCCCGGAGUUUCCCUGGCUUCUGGUGGGGGAAAUGGAUCUCUGCAUCUUUAAGGCUCCGCCGGGCUGUCUGCUCCGGCGACGCAGGCAGGGCAGGCUCUGCCGCAGCGACUCAUCCCAUCGCUAAGGUCCAGUUAGCCAAGGUGGAGGAUGGGAAAAGAAUGGAGCUGUCCCAGCUCCUCAAUGAGAUCAGGGCAAACUAUGAGCAGCUCCUCACCAGAAAUCAGAUAGACACGGUGCUGUCAACACGGAUCCAGGUAAUGAUUUCAUUCAACCAGGCACCUUCAGGAUAAGGAGACAGUCCCUGUCUACCCGAUUCCUGUCCCGGCCUCUCUGAGCUGGAGGAAGAUUUAACCAAAAAAAUGGACAAGGAUGGAGAGGCUCUGAAGGCUGCUCAGGCUGAACUCAAGGAGGCUCGCCGGCAGUGCCACCACCUGCAAGUGGAAAUCGAGUCUCUCCAUGCUGUGGAAAGGGGCCUUGAAAACUCCCUGCAGGCCAGUGAGCAGCAUUAUCAGAUGCAGCUGCAAGAUCUGGAGUCGGUGAUUGGCCGACUGGAGAAGGAGCUGCAGGAAGUGAGGCGUGGCAUCGAGAGGCAGCUUCAAGAGCACGAGAUGCUUCUCAACACGAAGAUGAGGCUGGAGCAGGAAAUAGCCACGUACCGCCGCCUGCUAGAACAGGAAGAGAUCAGGUAUUACGGUUGUAUCCAAGGAGAGAGAAAAGAAGACAAGCCCGCCAAAAGUAAAGUUGGCUUUCUUCUCCCCUCAGCCAUUAUAAAUGAAAUAUCUUUUUCGACAAAAGUCUCACAUAAGUAUGAAAAUGAAAGUGUGGAGACAGUGACCAAACAGGCAGUGGUGAAUGGAGACGUGGCGAAGGAGAGUGCGGAGGCCCACGGCACCAUUCAGACAGAGAAAGUGGAUGAAGUUAUAAAAGAAUGGGAAGGUUCGUUCUUUAAGGAUAACCCUCGACUGAGGAAAAAGUCUGUUUCCCUCCGGUUCGAUCUCCACUUGGCAGCCACGGAUGAGGGCUGUUUAGAGAGUAGACAAGAUAAUUUGCCAGAUAUCGAAGUCAGGCUUAUCAUGAGAAGGUCCUGUAGUAUUCCCUCCAUCAAACCCCCACCAGGAACCAACUAACCCAGAGAUCGUAUUUAUCAAGGACAGUAGGAUGGACCUAAGUAGGCCGUACAGACCCCCCAGUCCCAAAUGUAAGUUAUUUUAUAUGUACGGAGAGUGAGAGGAUGCUGUGGGCUGUGGCUCUCUUCAGAAAACACAUAAGAAAGAGGAACUUUGCUAAGACUCCAAAGAGGAGCUUUUUUUUUUUUUUUUUUUUUUUUUUUGAGCAGGGUUGCUUAAAAAUAAAUCAGAAAUCCAGUGUGGUUUCUGUUUUAUUUGUCAUCUAAAUAGUCUUUAUUCUGGCAAGCUUUAUCAGAGACUUUAAGUAUUAAGGUGGCCUCAUCAAGUCUGUAAUUUUCCUCAAAGGCUGAACAUCCAAAGGAAAAUAGAAUAGCUUGUUUGAAGCCUGAAGAGCUACAAUGAGUUUCUCUCCGUGGUUCCAGGACCAGUUGAACCUAAAAUGUUCUACUUCUAAGAAGGCAGCAGUUAGGGACAAACGUUGAAGGAGGGGGGCUCGAUAUUCACUUAGGACUUCUGCUUUUGAGACAAUCAUUGGAACCCUGGGAAUUAUGAAGUGUUCUGCCCAGGAGCAAUUCUGAGUGAAGUGCAAAGCAUGCCCCCAGGCUAUUUUGCUGAUUAAUAAAAUUUGGUUACUCUAUAUCUUAAAACUUUUUAAAAAUCAGUAUGAGAAGAGUCAGUUUGUUGAAAGAUACAGAUUGUGUACACACACACACACACACACACACACACACACACACACACACACAUUCCAGCUAUACAGACCUUUUAAAAGCACAUUGAAAAGGUGGUGACUCCAGUUAGUAGGACAGUUUCUCAACAGCUCACUUCUGCUCUUCCAGUUGUAAAAUGAAGUGUGAGUAGCAUUUACUAUGGGCCUCAGAGGAGAGAUUCUGUGAACUUGGAAAAAUGGUUCUUGCAGUCAUUUCUGUGAACUCACAGCAUAUCAUUGCUCUCUGAGCUAAGAGUGUCUGCAGGACUUGUUUUUAAAUUGUUCAAACUAUAACAAAUAGAGAAGUAAAAAUAUUUGUGAAUAAGUGAAUUGUUGCAAGGGUUUUUCCUGUUGUUUUUUUUAAUUUAUUUAUUUAUUUAUUUACUAUAUGUAUAUUUCUGCAAACCAGAAGAGGGCAUUGGAUCCCAUUACAGAUGGUUGUGAGCCACCAUGUGGUUGCUGGGAAUUGAACUCAGGACCUCCGGAAGAGCGGCCAGUGCUCUUAACCCCUGAGCCAUCUCUCCAGCCCUGUUGCAAAAUUUUUUUAAAAACCUAAAUUUAAUGCGGGUACAUUUACUUUGAGACCUUAAGUAAUAAAUACCUGUCUUACGACAUUAGACAUUUCUAGGCUUUUUUUCCUAAACUACAAAAAGGGAACCCAAACCAUUCGCCACUGUUCUUCGUUUGCAGCUGAAGUAUCAUCUAAGGGCUACAGCUAUACUAGCAUUUUAGUGGGGCCUUCAAAACCCAUUCCCCUCUCCUCCUCCCUCUCUCUCCACGUGUGUGUAUAUAUGCAUAUAUGUUGACUAGUAAAUGUGCUUUAGCCACAAGGAACUUAGGUUAACUUACUUCAGUAUAAUCCAGGGGUUUAACGUUCGUCUUUUCCAUUACUCUAGGUUUCUUUCAGCCUGACUCAGUCUGGUUAGUAAAAGAGGAAUGAUGUUGUUUGUCAAAGUCACAACGGCAUCACUUCUCGGCCUCUUGGCUAAGAUCAAGUGUAAAGUCACAACGGCAUAUUAAGGGCUUGUUCUUGAAUAAGCAUCUGACCUAAAAUUGUAUCCUCUACAUAAAAUUGUUUCUUCAGGGCUGGGGUAUGGCAGGGUGCAAAGCUACACAUAGCUCACAGGAGGUACUGGGUUUGGACCUCAGGGAAUAAAAAGUGGGGGGAGGGGGAGUUUCAUUCAUCAUUAAGUGCUUCAACUUUAUUAAAGCUUUGACUGCAGUCAUAUGAGCUGUUGUGCUGGCUACUGUAUUAUGCAACCACGGUUAUAAUAUGGCGAUACAUUUAGUGCAGUCACCCGCCACGUUAGUGCUGGGCCUUGUAUAUCAACCGCUUGCUAGAGAAAUCCCCCUGUGCCGCAGUUAUGUGUGUAACAUGCAGUACUUGAAUUCCUAAAUGAGUUUGCUUCUGUUUGCUUUGAGGCAUUUUAAAAAUCAGAAUAUGAGUUUACCAAAGUAAAUGAUACCACCAUAAUAAAAAAAAAAAUUAAACAUGAA